UUUGACAAUCCGGAAUGGUUUUACCGGCAUGUGGACAUGCAUGGACAGUGCACAGAUAAAGAAAGCCUUCCUAACAAAAAUGAAACCAUUUCAUGCUGCUGGAAAGGUUGUGGCGCUACAUUUAAAAUCAGAUUUAAACUUCGUGAGCACCUGAGGAGUCACACACAGGAGAAGGUUGUCUCCUGCCCCAACUGUGGAGGAAUGUUUUCCAACAACACCAAGUUCUAUGAUCAUGUUCGCCGGCAGACCUCGAAUGAACAGAAGACCUUUCCCUGUCAGCACUGUGACAAGCAGUUCGCCAAUGAGAGGCUGCUAAGGGACCAUGUACGAAAUCACGUGAACCAGUUUAAGUGCCCACUCUGCGACAUGACCUGCACUACUUUCUCCUCAUUAAGGACACAUAUCAAAUUCCGCCACUGUGACGAGAGGCCAUAUGCGUGUGACUUCUGUGAGAACACUUUUAAGAAUUUGUACGAUCUGCGAAAGCACAUCGAAACGCAUAAUGAUGAACCUACAUACCGCUGCAGCUCAGAUGGCUGUAACUUUAGUGCCCGCAGUGUGCAAACCCUGAAACAGCACUACAGGAGAAUACAUGAGGGAGAAACAAAGCCUCGAUACAAGUGCCACAUUUGUGCCAAAUGUUUUUCUUGGGCCUACACACUAACAAUGCACCUACGUAAGAUGCACCAGCUGAAGUGGCCUUCUGGACAUGCACGAUUCAGAUACAAGGAGCAUGCGGAUGGAUAUUUGCAGUUACAUGUGGUGCGCUAUGAAACAGUUGAGCUGACUCAACAGAUCAUGAAGGACUUGGAGAAGAGGCGAGGGCCCCGAAGGAAGGUGACGGAAGCGUGUCUCCAUGCACCAGAACCCCGCCGCAAGACCAUCUCUGCUAAACCCACAACUGGCAAAGCAGGCAAGGAGGAGGAGGACUACCUCGCAAUUGCCACUCGGCUGAGGCGUGCUGGGCACCGGGAAACUAACAACUUGCCAACCAGGCCUUCGCUGAAGGCCCCUCAGCCAGCGCAGUGCAACUCCCCAGAGCCCCCCAAAAGGGGUGAGCAGUGUUCAGAGAUUUCUGGAAAUCACUCUCCAAUCUAUUCUGUCCUCCGUAAUGUAUCCCAGUCAGCACCUGGGCAUCCUGCUGCUCCCGAAAGGAGUGAAGCUGUCUCCUCUCUUGACCCUGUUGACACAUUGGAGAAGGUAGCGCGAGGUCUCGGCAUUCAGAUAAUUGGAUAGUCAGGGUUGCCAGUAGCAAAUUGCUGAAAUCCAGGUCCAUAACUUCUUUAAACAGUAGUUGCACAAAUAAAGCUUGGUGGUGGGUUGGGGGGAGGGGUAUGGGAGUUUGGAGUUACAACUUAACAGGGUCCUAUUGUCUGUAUAUUAACAGUAUUGAGAGGCCAGAGCUUGCUGCAUGUUCAGAUAUUUUAGAAAACCAUCAACACGAUGCUAGAACAAAUUCUUAUUCUUGCUUAAAUAAAAGCAAAAUACCAUGGAUAUUGGAGAUCUGAAAUAAAAACAGGAAGUGUUGGUGAAACUCGGUAGGUCUGGCAGCAUCUGUGAUGGUAGAGACAAACAAAAAACCAAAAGAAAAUCAUUCCAAGCCUUCAUUCUGACUGCACAUGUUGGAAAAGGGCUAGUGAAGCCCGCACCUGUAUCUGUCUUCCAGUGUUCUUGGCAGGAAGGAACAGUUUGAUUUACAAUUGUAUUGAGAUUGAGGGAAUGACAAGAUAGGUUCAGAUGGUGUGGGCCCUUCUCACUAGCAAAGGAGCCAACAAAAGCCAAUGCCUAUAUAGGACAUGUUCGAUAUAGAAAAAGUACCCAAGACUCUUCACAGAAGUUCAAUGAAUGCCAAGCCAAAGAAAGAAAUAUAAGGAUCCUGACUUAUCAUUCCGAUAUCCAACUGAUUAUUUUAAAUGAAAUUCAGUGUCUUGGCUGCAGUCAGUCUUCCUGAUAACCUGCUGUAGCUGUUAAUCCCUUGCUUUAGAGAAAAACAUCCAACCUGGAACCACUUCUUUUUUACUUUUGUGUCUUAACAUAUUGACACACACUUAUUUUAUCCCAUUUAACAGUGACCUGUCUUGAGAUGUUAAUGUUUUGGCUGCAGAGCCAGCAGGGAUAUGUGCAUGAACUGGUGUCUGCUGCACACGGUAGCUCAAUUAUAUCUUUUAUUACAACUCUUUAAAAUUUUAAUUGCGAAGUCACAGACGAAAUGGAUGUCACUCUUGACAUUGGGUCAGAUGUUAAUCUAAGACCUAUUGUCCCAAGCACUGUAUAAAAGUUAAGCAGGUUGCUCAAUGAGUUCAGGGCUCAACUUCUGAUUCCUUAGAGGAACUUGGCUGGCUGACUGCCUACUCAUCACUGAGCCAUCUCUGCAAAGGUGCACUCACUUCUCUUACAAUCCUGUUUGUUUCUCUCCAGGAUGUGUUGAACUUAUCCUGUGAUAUUCCCUCAAUUUGAUCAUCUAAAAAUCAGCUUUCUUUUUGUACCCAAUCACUUUUUCCUUCAUUCUUUCUUUCAUUUUACUAAAAAAAAUGGCGUUUUUGUUAGUUUUUUUUAACUUUUAGGAAAAUUUCUUUUGGGCCUUCAGCUGAGAUUGAUUCAUUCAUUCUCAAACAGUUAUAAAGUAGUUUUUCUGUCAUGUUUAGAACAAUACCCUAUUUAUGUCACAGUACUGCCUUCAUCAAUGGCACAGAACCACCUCAGCAAGAGAUAAAUAUUCAGUAGCUGGUAUCAGUGUAAUUUUUAAUCUUGCUUCAACUCCAUACUGCCUUCCUUUUCAGUGUGUCAAUGGCAAUGAUUUCUGCCCGUUAGUGUGAAGUUGUGGCUGAGGCUUUGAAACCAUCUGCAAGUCCACACCUUUAACUGAGAAUGGGGAGACCUGGCUAUUUCAUUAAUGCCCUUCUGUAAAAGAAAUGGACAUUUAAAUCCUCUCUGGUCUAUAUGUGUGACUCCAGUUCCAUACCAGUAACAUAUGUAGACCUACAUUUUGCAGAGAUUGCAGUGCCAUUGUUGACACUGCAGCAGAUUUGCUAGCCACUUUCAAUCUCUUCAGUUCCGCGUGCAAGAAACUUAGCCUGUCCUUGAAUGUUGUGAAAACAAAAUUUAUACGUCAACCCACAGCUGAACAACCAAGUAUUCCACUUGCCAUACAUGUUGAAGGAGAUACUCUGGAAUGUGUUGAACACUUUCCAUAACUUGGUUGCCAUCUCUCUUGAAAGGCUGCGCUAAAUUAGCCUUCUAAAAAAAAACUCCAGCAGCAACUAUUCUGGACAAUUAAAACCUCUGCCACUCAACAACUGUCCUCAUGUACAAAGCGGUGGUCACCACACUCCUGUAUCCCUUCAGCAAUGCCUCUCACCCCACCCUCCGUUUUUAAUGGGGGAACUGUUGAACAAAUGCUAAUAUCCUUCUUGAAGCUGGCUGUACAAGCAUUCAGGAAAAUCUCCAAAAUCAGUUGGAUAGACAUGAACGUUACGUGAUUAGCUGACGUGUCUUCACUGCCAGAAGAAUCAACUCAUGUCCAGUGUUCAAAGAGAGAAUAAAUAAAUUGUUACAAAGACACUGAAGCUAUCCUUGAGGUGCAGCAGCAUUGAUAUUAGAAAUGUGGAGAGCUGGUUAUCAUCUGCUUAAAAUAGCCAUAAUUUGUCCAUCAAAUAGCAUCAUACUUUGUGUCCAAACACCUUCAUUAUGAGGUAGAGCAGCAGGAGAGAAGGGAAGAAAUGGUGGCAGAUCUUGCACCCUGUAUCCCACUACUUCUUGGGAUGUCCCACUCCAUGUAUCCAAAGAUCUGCAGAUCGAGAAUCACUGUCUACUGACACAUGAAGACUCACUACAGAAACUCUCAAUCCUGAGUAGAUGACAUCCUCAAAAUCAAGGGACAGCCAAUGAAGGUCUUUGACACUUAAUUGCCUGCUGAUACGGCCUAACAAGUUACUCAAAAAAGGAGGGUGGGCAAGAAUACCAGGGCAAACUCCAUACUUCAAAGUAAAGUCAUUUUUUAAAAAAUAUCUAGGCUGGAACAGCUGCAUCUCAUUGCAGGACUGCUACAACUGAACCUCAGGAAACUGUUCAAUCUUGUUAAAUGGGAAUUAUCCUGGUCAACUUACUUGGACUUAGUGUGGGUUCCAUUGUGCUUGUCUAUCUGCAGUUUUACCUGCUAUGAAGCUCCUCCAUGUUUCUAGGACAUGUGUGGAGGAUAAGGUGUGAGACGUAUGACAUCUAGUCUGGACUUAAACUGGGGCCUCAGCCACAAGUUUUCAACCAGUGUGGCGGUGCAGAACCCUCCAGUCACUUUGCACCUUCCAGUAUAACAAAGUGCCACAAAUGCUGUUUGCCUCCUACUGCAUUGUGCCAGCAGCAACAUUUUAUCCUGAUAAUGCAACAGUUGUACAGAAGCCCUAAUAAACUACUCCUCCUUUUCUCAUUUUGCUGACUCCUCCUUAAAAAUGAUGGUAGGACUUGUUUCCAAGGGAAGUUGCCAAGUUCCCAAAACCUGAUAGGGUGCUUUGAUUUUCGACUGGAAGUGGAAGUUUGGGUUCUGUGCAAUUUUGCUAAAUAACAUUGCACAUUGUAAACUGGAAAUAAAAUGGCAGUGUGGUGGGAGAUGUUUGGUUUACAUUUCAGAAAUUUUAACAUAGCUUAUUGGAAAAGAAUAACAGGCUAUGCAGUUUUUAAACUGAACAAAAUGGUAGAGCCUUUUGUGACGUUGCUACUUUGUUUUGGGUUCUGAUCACAGCCUCAAUUAUGCACUGGUGCCUUCUGUAUUAACUAUUAUUGACUUCAUUCUGUAAAAUUCGUAAGUAAUGAGCCUGUAAAACCUUCCAUCAAAUGGAAGAUUUUUAAACUGUGAAAGUAACUUUGAGUGCUUAUAUUUUAACACAUCUUGUCAAUGGAAUAAAUUGUAAACUUGUUAUGCCUAUGAUUUCAGCAAUGCCUUUUAUGGUCCUGGUGUAAAAUCUCUAUACUAUGUCCUCUUGAACUGUGGAAGACACCCUGUACUGUGAAUCUGGAGUUUAAUGUUGUAAACAUGAGCAAUUUAUAAUAGCAGCAUGAAAUAGAUGGCGUUGAAAAGAUUGCCAUUGGUAACCAGUAAUGAUGCCAUAGAUUGGUAGUUCAAGCCCUGUGGUAGAGCUUUUGCUGGUUGAAGGGACCUUCCACCAUGAAUGUGAGGAUUGCAGUAUAUUUUUGUAAUUACGAAUGGGGGCAUGUAUCUGAAUAUUGGCCUCAUUGUGAAUUUUACUGCUGUCUUUUGCAAUUAGUGGGCUCACUCAGCUUGGUGACUGCACUGUUAUAUAUAUAAUUCACCUAAAGCUGACUGAGGUGGGUGUAAUUUAUGAUCCUUCCCAAUAGUGUGCCUCAUCCACUAGGAGCACACUCCCACACGGCCCUGCAAGUGCAGACAUGUAAAGUUAACACUUGUGUGCACAACAGAUGUUAAUUCUGUGAUAUUUGUAAUAGCAUUUGACUGGGGGUUGCUAUCUAAACUGUUUUUAGCAAAAUCUCUGUAGCUAGAGACACUAUUGCUGUAUACAAAAGUCUUGAUAAAUUAAUGUUUAAUUUACUUGACAGAACAAGCCUAACUUUUAGUCCCAACUGAGACCCUGCUGGUUCUGUGGAGGAAUUUACCAGCUGGGCAUACAAUAAGUUCACUUUUUCUUCAGUAGAUUUAGGGAUGGGCAGUAAGUCACUAACUUUGCUAACAACGCCCUUGACUUAAGAAUGAAAUUUUGAGAAGUACACAGUCUACUCACUGCCUCUUUAAACAAACAGUCCUGGUAUUUUAAGAGCACUCAGGGUUCAUUACAUCAAAAACAAAAGUAUUAUUGAAUAUUGAACGGGCAAUAUUGUGUCUCAUCCAAUCAUGUUUUGUGGAGCACACCCAAUAAAGCAGAAAAAUUUUUGUUUAAUUGGAACUACUCCUUCAUUAUGUUUUCUCUGUUCAAGAGCAAUUUAUAUGUGUUUUGUAGAAAGUUCAAGCAGUGGGUGUUUAUAUUCUCUCAGGGUCAAGUGAUAAGCUAUCUCAUUUUGUAAUCAGCCAAUCCCUUUCUCCUUUCCCUCCUAACUUGAUGCACUGGGUUUGAUGAGGACCUGAUUGCUUCGGUAAAACCCAACAGUUACAGAGAAGGUUUACUGCAUGCAUUAGUUGGACCUUCUGCCAAACAUGUGAGAGUUCAAAUAUAUUUUUGUAUUUGUGAAUGAAUCUCAUUUGGGAUCAGAUCUGUGUCCUUAUGAGCAAUUGACUUAUUUUUCCUGCCAGAUAAUAGAACAUUUGCUAGCUGCAGUUCAGCUUUGAUGGCUGGAGUAUACAGCUCUAACUAACCAUUCAUGAUUUACAGUUCAGACUGCAAAUAUUUGGGAGUCAGCUCUAUUCUAGUAUGGUUCCACCGUUGCCCACAGCUCCAGUCUGCUGAGGCCAUUAAUCAUAUUAGACUGAGUUUCUAAAGUGUUCAUAAUAUUUAGUGGAUCACUUAAUUUAAAAAAAACUUGAAUUUCUGCAGUGCCUUACCAUACUUCCUAUACAUGUACCUAUGAAGUACUUCACAAACUGUGAAUGGCUUAUGAAGUGGAGUUGCCAAUUGUAAUGUUAUCAGAUUAGACAAGCCAAUUUACUGAGGCACUUUUUACAUCUAGUUUCAUGCAUCCCUGAGUCCUAUUCAAUAUAAACAUCCUGCCUUUGAGCAGUGAGCAGCUUGUCUUCAGUGCUUUUUGUAAUCAGUUUUUGGUCAGACUCGAGUUAAUACUGGUUCACAUGCAAACUGCACAACAUUGCAAAAUUAAAAUGAAUUCUGAUGACUCUGUGUGAGUGUGUGAGGUUCCUGGAAUACCUUGAUUUUUAUUGGUCAUAUUUUCCAUGUUUUGCAUAUAAAUGUUUACGUAGCUCUCCAUAUUAACAAACCCUACUCUCUGUUCCCAUGCUAAAUGAUUAUUUCUGAUAUUCACCUAAAUUUUCAGUUUGCUAAUAGAGUCAUAGAUAAGUUUAGAUUAAUACGGAAAAGAAGACUACCAAUAAUGGCAUAAUCCUGAUGUGUGUCCUUAAGAGCAGUAUACAGUCUUCAGAUAAAAAUGUUUUACAAAUUUUUAAUUCAAAAAUCAGAAAUGUUUUGUAUCUUUCCUUCUUGUGAGGGUUUUUGAAAUGAUGAUUUUCUUUACUGAUAGGCACACUUGUGUUUGCAAAUCAUAAUUUAUGCGUAUUGCACACAUGUAUAUGGUUGGAAAUGUAAAUAUUUUUAUGAUGGUUAAGAUGAAAUUUUUCAUUCACCUAGUCUCUGUCCACUGAAUGUGUCCCUGCUACCUUGGAUAUUUCUAAAUAAUCUCAAAGUCCAAACUAUGAGAGAGAAAACUAGGGAUGGCAAAUUAAAGAAUCUGGCACUAACAGUGUGUUCAGUUUAUUUUCAUGUUCUUUCAUGUUUAAUCUGUUACAACUUGACAAUAUUACACAGUGCAUUUUGUUGAUGUGUUACUGUGAAAUCUUCCUAUUAUUGCACAUCUCGUGCAGCUUGGUCACUGAAUUUGAAUAGGAAUCACCUUCUAUUGCACUGAUAGUUAUGUGGUAUGGCGAUAGAGUUAUUGACUGAUUAAUUAUAACAGUUAAUUAGUUAUACGGCAUUGAUAUAGUCUGUGUAAAAUGUUGGGGUGGGUUGUGUUUGGCUCCCAUUUAAAGCAAGAAGAAAAUACAUUUUGGAAAAGCCAAAUCUAUUGGUAAGAAGUGUGUGAAUUAAUAAUGUGUUGUUAAUUUCUUCAGUUGCUGUGACUAAGACAAGAAGGAAGAUUUCCUGUUGCUAUCUUUUGAAGUUUGUUCUUUGUAUCUUCUUCAAUUUGUUACCACAGGAGAGUAAAUGUAACCCUUGUUAAUUUCGUAACCCACACUCUGCUGUGUUAUUCUGCUGAAUGUUAUUUGAAAUAUUGCAUUGAUUUGGAUCAGAAAGAAAAUCAGUAACUACUUUAAAUGAAGUUUUAAAUAAGUAA